CCCGCUUGAGACUUGAUUCUUGAACUUGAAAUAUAUAAAGGCUCGCGAAACCGGGAGAAGCGUAUAGUCACAGCUUGAAGCUUGAGAUUGAAACAACUCUGUCGAUUGGAUAUACUCUACAUUUUAAGUUUACUCAUAGAUAAACGAUGAACCCUACGUACGUCGUGCUGCUGGUGGCCCUCGCCGGGUCGGCCAUCGCGUUCCCCCAGGAAUAUCACCAAGUUCCGAUGCCUCAGGAUAGUGACAUUUUGUUGCAGGUCCCAGCUGGAGAUCCCCCAGCGGAAGUCGUGGCCAAGCAAGAUGCUCAACCGUUGGCUGAUGAGUCCGUGGCCGCCGCUCCUGCUCCUGCUGAAGUUGAACAGCCCCAGCAGCUGGUUGCCGAUGGUGCGCUUGAACCUGCCGCCGCAGACCUGGCGCAGGUCAACGACCAGGAAGUGACCGGUGAACAGGCCGCCCGUCAGAAGCGUCAGUUUGGAUUCGGUGGAAUCGGUGUUGGUGUUGGACUGAUCGGAGGUGGAUUCGGAGGACCAGGUUUCUACGGAGGAUACCCGGGAGGUUAUGGAGGUUACGGAGGUUAUGGACACCAUCAUGGUGGAUAUGGAUAUGGUGGAUACGGUGGAUAUGGAGGUUACGGAGGCUAUGGAGGAUACGGAUACGGCCAUCGUCAUCAUCACCAUCAUCACGGAUAAGCAGUUUGAAAGUUACCGAUUGAAUGAGAGCGAAUGACUCAGAAUGUGAUAAUUUAUUUAUAAUAAAACGAUAACGAAUUCGAUAA